AUGCUGCGGCAGCCUAAUACCAUGAUCUUGGCAGCUGCGGCCAUUGUUGUCGGGGUUUUAGCACUGGCAAUCUGGGCAGCUUUCAUGCGCCAGCGUCAGUUUGAUGAUACAGAAAAGCUAGCAAUACGGAAGGCAGAAGAUGGAGACCAAGCAAAUCAGUACUGCAAUGAAAAUGCCCUGGGAGUGACAUGUUCAGUGGGGUCCAGUGAGCGCAUGGGGGUGCCGAUGACCAUUUCCGCAAUUCGGCUACACGACAUAACCGAACCCAGAACAGCUGACGUGAUGAUCAAUACAGACAAACAUGAACCUCAUCAACCCACACCACGUCGCGGAUUUAAGCGAGCGCUUUGUCAACCAAAGGGGAUAAGAAUGGAAGAGGCGAUUUCGUUGUGGGUGCAAAAACAGCAGCAAUUACUCAACCCAACUGUCUCACGCGAAUCGACCUGGAAUGCUACAAACAGAAAUGCGAUAUGUGACAUUCGAAGUGUAUCCAUAGCAGUGACGGAGAGUAUCACAAAGGAAAAUACUCCCAUGAGGCUGUGGUGUUCUAGGUCGGAGGCCAUAGAUAUGACGGUAACAAACAGCGACAAUUCCUCUAGGCGACCGAGUCACACUGACCUGAUAGCUCCCGUAAAGGCGUCUGACCGAGUGAGAAGGGAGAAAAGUGACCGGAAUCCCAUCUCAGACAUUGGGCUUCAUUUGUCACUAUCUCAAAUUGACGAUCUUGGAAUAAAUCAGCGUCGAAGGGACAAUGGAACAACAAGCAGCACCGGAAGUCAGAACGAGAGCGACACCAAACAGCAAAGGGUGCCCGUACUGAGCGGGUCAAUUAACGAUACAGAGAGCAAUCAAGGAGUGACCCCGCUGUCGCAUAUACAAGAAGAUGUGAUGCCAUACGAACUAAGUAACUGUGGCCAAAGAAGCGCACUGGAUAGACCUCUGAUCCAUUUGACAAAAUUUAGAAGGGCCGAUGACAUAUCCCUCGAGCAGGUUACGCCAUACGCCCAAAUUGACCUGACACUGUGA